GUUUGAGUUGCUGCGCGUGCGCAAUAACUCAAGCAACAUUUCUGCUGAAAGCUGGGACGCCUCUUCCCAUAAUACAGUUCGGCCGGCGGCGACUCUGGAUUGGAGGAAUUUAAAAAGAGACGGUGGCGGCAACGGGCGAAUGGUGGCCGCGGUCCCGGGGAUUUAUUGAAGAGAGCGCCUUUUAGUACGAUGUUUUUAGGAAAUAUGAAUCCAAACCAAGAUCAUCGUCCUCAUCCAAGACCAUCCUAUCUUGGGACAGCAAUAACUUAUCCAGAAAGGAGUGAACCACAAGAGGUAUCCGAUAUCAGAACAAAUCUCUCAGAGAAGUUUUCAUUGAUUGGAGAUGCUGACACUUCCCAGAAAGGCGCUGUCGAGUCUAAAGAACAUAUGCAUGUAUAUCUUCGUGUGCGACCACUUGCUACGUCUGAAAUUGAGCAAAAUGAAUCGCAGGAUUGUGUCAGCAUCCCAGAUGCCUGCAGUGUCCUAGUGAAGGCACCACAACAUUCACAGGCUAGUCGGCUAAGCGACAAAGCCGGUGGUUCAGUGGCUCAAAAAUUCACCUUUACUCAUGUAUUUGGCCCUGAGACCACACAGAGUCAGUUUUUUGAGGGUACUAUUAGGAAACAAAUGAUUGAUUUUAUGAAAGGUCAGAAUCGCUUGAUUUUCACAUAUGGUGUUACCAAUGCUGGAAAAACAUUUACAUUCCAAGGUACAAAAUGUGAUGUAGGCAUCCUACCAAGAUCAAUGGAAAUGCUUUUUAAUACUAUUGAUGGAAAAGUCUAUUCCAAGAUGGACAUUAAACCUCACAGAUGCAGAGACUAUAUAAGGCUGACCAAAGAGCAGAUAAAAACAGAAGUUGCCUUCAAAAAUAGUGUACUCCGUCACACAAAAGAGGUUGAUCCUCAUUGUAGCAUUAGGAGCAACAAUAGCGCUACCUCUGCAGACACUACAGACCUGCUCACUGAUGAUGGCACUGGAGGACUCUCCUCCUGUAACAUAUCUGAGUUUGAAGAACGGUUAAGAGAAUCGGAAGGGUUCAGUCUGGAUGUGGAUGAGGCAACAAAGUUUUCCGUUUGGGUUUCAUUCUGUGAAAUUUAUAACGAGUGCAUUUAUGACCUGUUGGAUCCGGUAUCGGGUGACAAAUUUUAUAAAAGGAAAACUCUAAAGCUUGCUCAAGACCUUAAAGGAUUCUCUUUUGUUAAAGAUCUCCAGUGGAUACAGGUUUCCAAUGCAAAAGAGGCAUGCCGAAUUCUGGCAUUGGGGAAAAAAUUCCAAAGUAUUGCUUUUACUAAGCUAAAUAGUUCAUCCAGUAGAAGUCACAGUAUAUUUACUAUUCGCCUAAUAAAAAUUGAAGAUCUGGAAGUUCCACGAGUGGUCCGAGUCAGUGAAUUGGCAUUGUGUGAUCUGGCAGGUUCUGAACGAUGCACAAAAACUCAAAAUGAAGGUGAAAGGCUAAAGGAGAGUGGAAACAUAAACACUUCAUUACUGAUUCUUGGCAAAUGUAUCAAUGCACUGAAGAACAGCCAGCAGUCAAAAAUCCAUCAGCAUGUGCCUUUCCGGGAAAGCAAGCUGACACACUACCUUCAGAGCUUUUUCAGUGGCAAAGGAAAAGUAUGCAUGAUUGUCAACAUCAGCCAGUCAGCCUCUGCUUAUGAUGAGACGCUUAAUGUGCUCAAAUUCUCAGCUGUUGCCCAAAAGGUUCUUGUACUGGAAGCAAACCAAGCUUUGGAAAUCGGUCAGGCAAAGAGUGCCAGAGAAGUAUCCUUCAUUAUUAAUAAUGCUGACAACAAGAUGUGGUUAUCAAAAAGACGAGGAACAGUACAGUGGGAGUCCCAAUUGGAAGACGUUUUUGAGGGUGAAGGUGAUGAUGAUGAUGAUGAUGAUGAUGAUCAUCUUGACUGUACUCACCUGGAGGAGGAGGAAGAAGAAGAAGAAGAGGAGGAGGAUGAUGAUGAUGAUAAAGAGGAGGAAAUUCUUCUUAAGAAAGAGAUGUAUGAGAAACUUUUGGAACUUGUCAAAGAUCUGGAAACUCAGCUGAACAAUGAGAAAAGGGAUAAACUUUUAAUGGAGCUUAAAAUCCGUGAAGAAGUAGCUAAAGAAUUCUCCCAGCACUUCGUUCAACGUGAAAAUGAUUUCAGUGAGCGUUUACAAAAGGAAAAAGAAUUGAUGGAAGAAAGAUGUGAUGAAAGAAUAGAAAUAUUCCGGGAUUUGGUGAGAAAAUGUUCUGAUGAAGAUGAAGAAGAUGAUGAGGAUGAUGAGGAAGAUGCUAAAGAGGAGGCCGUAACAGAUGCAAGUAUCCAGGUUGAUGAACCCAGCAUGCCACUUCAAGGGCUCUACUCUUCUAUGCAGAAUGACUUGACAGCAAUCAAAAAGCAAGCAGAAAAGGCUCAUCAACAUAUUGCAGCUAUCCAUGAUGAUCCAAUGACCAUUACUCAGCUGGAAAACAAAUUGCAGCAAGUGAUAUCCGAACUUGCUAAAACACAAGACGAGCUAAAAGGGAAAUCUGCUGAGCUGGAAAAUCACAUUGAAAAGUCCACAAGAAGGGAUCUUCAACUGGAAGAGACUGACAAAAAAGUAUCAUCACAAAAGCAGCAAAUUGACAAACUGAUGGACAUGAUUCAAGAAAAGGAUACAGCCGUUGAGAAGCUUAAAGACCUUUUAGCUCAUUGGGAGGGCAAAUGUGAAGAUUACGAGAAAACUGUGAAUGAUCUUCAAGGCGAAAUGGCAAAAUUCAGCAGCAGCAUAGAGGGCGGCUCUACAAGUCGAAAGAGGCCGCCUGAGGAUCCCCACCCUCCCCAGGAACAGCCUCCAACAAAGAAAGAACUUCUGGAAAGUAAUGCUGCUAGCAUGGAAAGCAAUUACAAGCGAAAAGACUCCCUAGGGAACAUAGAGAACAUGAACACACAGCAAAAAUUAGAAGAGGUUAAGGCUGAAAAUGAACACUACAAAGUUCAAGUACUCCACCUAAAUCGGACUAUUGAUGAAUUAAAAGAGAAACUAGCUAGCUGUAAAGAACAGAUUACUGAGUUGGACUCAAAAAAUAAAACCAUUGCUUGUGAGCUGCAGGCGGAAAAACAUUGUGCUUCCACUCUGGAAGGCACUGUUAAGAUGUUAAAGCAGGAAAUAGAUCACAACAAAGAAAGUACUGCUAGUAAGGUUGCUCAAAUUAAAACUAUUCAGAGUAAGCUGGAUGAUUUUAAUAAAAAUGAGACCAAGCCAGACUCUGAGGCAGAAUGUCUUAAUCUAAGUGAUUCAGUUCAGAACUCAUUACGGAAAUGCCUAACAUUUGGAGGAAGUGACAGUCUAGCGGAGAAAAUGGGAUCAGGAAGAGAGAGUACAUUUUACAACGCCAUAGAAGGGUUAUGGAGGAAGUGUCAAGAAGUUCUUCAGGAAUCUGGCAAAAAGAAUGAACAGAUCCAACAUCUCAAAAAAGAGCUUGAAGACCUGAAGAACAAAAUGACUGAACUCCAGAAGGCAAAAGACACCUUACAAGUCCAUCUCCAGGAGUCUCUUUCUCAAGGCUCUCUUCUAAGAGAGAAUGACCAACUUAUUAGUGAGCUGCAAAAGCAGUUGUUAGAAGCUUCCAAAGAUUUGGAGAAACUUAAACAGCAAGAAAUGGAUUACAAAAAUGAGGCAAUGUUGACUAGCCAACAGAUGAAAGAUCUGAAGCUACUUGUGGAAUCUUACAAAGAAAAAUGUAAAAAGCUUAGCAGCUUGGAAGACCAGACCAAAGAAAAAUCUGUUGCAUUUCUGUCGAUGGAAAAACAGUUGGCAGAUAUCCAAGCAGAACACGCGAAUUGUGAAAAUAACCACCAGAAAUUAGGUGUUGAAAAGGGUGAAUUAGAAUUGAAGAUUAAACAGAUGGUGGAAGAGCUUUCAGGUGCUCAGAGUGCCAAAAAUGAUAAAGAAAAGCAAAUGGCAGAAACAACAAAAGAAAUUGAGCUGUUAAAGAAAGACCUUUCACAACAAACCAGUCAACUAAAAACAACACAACUUGAGCUUCAGAGAAAGGAAGAGGACUAUUCAGACCUAAAAGACAAAUUAGCUGAUGCUAAAAAGCAAAUGCAACAAGUUGAAAAAGAGAUCUCUGCUAUGCGUGAAGAGAAGAAGACCCUAAGCAAUAAAAUUAAUGAUUAUGAGAAACAGAAAAAGCAGAUGUCUAGUGAAAUCGAAAUGAAACAGAGGACUAUUCAGCAACUUAGUAAGGAACAGCGUGAUAAUGAGAAAAAUGGGGACACGGUGCAGCUAUACCAAAAAGCAUGUCAAGAUGUGAAGGCAAAGGAAAAGCUAAUUGAAGACAUGAAGCUUACACUCCUAGAGCAGGAACAGACUCAGGAAGAACAAGAGCAGGCACUGGAGGCCAAAGUGGAAGAAAUAGAAAAAUUUGUUGCAGAAUUGGAAUUGUGGAAACAAAAGUUUAAAGAACUCGAAAAGAUCCCUAGUAAAGAAAUCUUAACAAAGAUAAGCUGUGAGACUAAUAAUAACAUAGAGACUGUCAGCACACAGGUCAUCAAACUACAGAAACAGCUAAAUGAGUUUGAAGAAAAAUACAACAGUGACAGAAAGAAAUGGCUAGAAGAGAAAAAGACUCUGAUUGCCCAGGCUAAAGAGUCAGAAAACCAUAGAAACAAGGAAAUGAGAAAAUUUGCUGACGAUCGAGAGCGUUAUGUAAAGCAACAGAGUGAAAUGGAGCAACUCUCAACUCAGUUGGCAGAAAAGAAUGGUAUUCUUCAGAACUGGCGAAACGAGAGGGACACUCUUGUCUCCGCACUUGAAAUCCAGCUGAAAAACUUGCUGUCCAGCAAUGCUGAAAAAGAGAGAGAAAUCGAAAACUUAAAGAAAUCUAACAAUGCCCAAAACAGUGAGGAUUAUUUGCAUCUGGAAGAAAUGAAGAGGCAGCUAACUGCUAGUGAAAAGAGUUGCAAAGAGCUGCAGAAGAAACGCUCAGAAGCGGAACAUAAGCCAUCCUCAUCUACCACUAUAAUGGAAACGGUGGAAAAGACGCAAAUGCAAACAACGGAACAACCUGAAUCAGACAAUUUGUUGAGCAGAGAUAACAGCAAGGGUGACUCUUUAAGAAGUAAUAUUUCCACAAGUGACAGUAAGGAUAGUUCAGAAACAGUUUUGGACUCAUCUAUGAUUUCAACUGAAAACGGGAAAACCAGCAGGUUCCCUAAGCCACAGAUGGAGAUUAGCUUUAGCCCAGUAAAGCCAAACAGAAUGGAAGUUAAACAUCAUGGUUGUGACUCACCAAUAACUGUCAGAAUUACUAGAACAUCAAGAAAGAGAAAGAGUGGUGAAAUGGACCAGGAUAUUGUAAAGAAUGAAAACCGGAAAAAUACAAGAACAAAUAAAAUGACACCGUUCACUAUGGCAAGCCCUGCUGUCAAUAGCAGUCAAUCAAAGAAACCACCGUUGACAAAGCAGUUGUCUGCUUCCAGCACUGCCUCUAGUCGAAAGAAAGAUGGGACCCUGCAAAGGCUUGGGGAAUUCUUACAGAGCUCUCCUUCAAUUUUCCAGCAUAAAGCCAAAAAAUUGCUUGGAUCAAUUGCGGCUCCGAAGACAACCGAUUUGAUCUCUGGCAAAAAGGAAGAGGAGAAUAAACCCAAGAAGUCCAGGAGAAGGUUGUACACUGCUGAAAUCUCGGCUCCACUAGACAUUCCUGCUUCUGCAAUCAUUAUGGACACUAAUGUAAAGGAAAGUGAUCACCUUAUAAUGAAGAGACGGCUUAGAACCAGAACAGCUAAAUAAAACGAAUAUUUUCUUACACCUUAUUCCUGUGGUAUUCAUACAGCACGUGUACAUACUUUUAUUUCUUAUGUUUCUGUACAAAAUUUUAUUAUCCACAGUUUAUUAUUGUAAGUAAGUGUAUAGUUGGAAUAUAGUAUAUCCCUAUUUUCUUUACAUUGAAAUAAUAAUGUAUUCUGCUACAUACUUUUGGUAAUUUCUUUAUACACCACAAUGUACACUUUUGCCAAUAUUACUUUGUAGCAAACCUUUUGUUUACUGUUUUUCAGGAAAUUUUUUGUAAAAACACAUCUCACCACUAUCAUUGAUUAAAUCUUUUUGGUCUAAUACA